UCCCCGUUUUGCUUCCAUCUAUAGUACUCUCUCUCGCUCCCUCUCGCGCGCCUGGACACGCACAAUCGUUGGUAUCAUCUGUUUGGCUUCUGUACGCCUAUUUCCUGCUGUUGCAUACCAAUAAUGCUAUUUAACUGAGGGAAGAAACUAAGCGAUGGGUUAGAUUCCACCAUCGAAAAGGAGUCGAACUGCGGGAGGUUGGCAGCUGCAUGGUUCUUCCAAAAUGGAAUGGAGGUUGCAGUGUUACUCCAUUGCGGAAGAUCUAGAAGCUACACCGCAGAGAUCCACCAAACUGAGGUGACCGGCGCGGCCGGCUACUCCAAUCCAAUCCGAUCACCAUGCGUACUCAGGUUAUUGAGGCUAGCACGAAAUUGGGCUGCUGAACAAGUUGUUGAUGCGCUAAAGGAAAAGGCUAAUACUACUAGAAGCGUCGGUAGUAGAGACAAUGUCUUCUACUUCGAUGGCUGGGAUGGGUUGGGGGCGUCCGCUGUUCUCCGAGCCAUCGCCACCCCAACUUCACUAGAUGUGAAGAGAGCCCUGGCCGAGCAGGUCAUCCACAUCGACUGUUCAAUGUGGGAGAGCAGGAGAGCCCUUCAGAAGGCAGUCGAGGAGCAGCUGCAGCUCCCCGAUGAAGUGAUGAAGAUGUUUGAGCAGCAAGAUAAGGAGGAUGAUUUCCGAGGCGUGGCCAAGGGAUCCCGCGCUGAGCUACAACAAGUGGUCUGGGAGAUAUAUCAGCACACGCAGAAGGCAAACCGCAGAUUAUUGGUGAUUUUCCACAAUGGGAGCAGUGAGGAGCUCGACCUGGCCACUUGUUGCGGCUGGUCUCUGUUGCUAAGCUUCAACAUCACGUGGGUGAUCCAUUCUACCAGACAUAGAAUGGGGGGCUUCUUUAUGCCAUCGCAUCAUUUUUGCUGUUUUCUUAUGUGCAUACAAUCUUUGUAACCUAUCUGUUAUGGGCAAGAAGCGCAACACUUUACGCGGGAUCUUGUUUGAGUCAUCCACAUAGCGAGGGGUAUCACAAAAGUCACAUUUCUGUUUAUCCUUAUUAUCUUUAUAAUAAAGCAUGCAAUUGUUGUA